GUCACACUCUUCAGGACUGACAAGAGAUGGAAUUAGGGAAUCCUCGCCAGCAACGUACUUUGUUUUUGUUGCGCUCUGCAUGUGUGUGUGUGUGUGUGUGUGUGUGUGUGUGUGUUCAGCAGGUGUAAGCUUCUCUUUCCAAUUCCUGCUUUAUCACCUGUGCUGAUCUGCUGAUCGGAGAUACAGCUCCAUGCGGCUGUUAACCCCUGGACCUUUUACCACAUCAGGUUACAAAGGAAAGGAUUUCUGUUUGGAAGUUUGUAGCAGGAGGACUUCACAUGGGAUGUUUGUUUUUGCCCUUGUGUACACAUCGAGCUGGGGAAAGACCCCGAGAUUUUGAAACUUUUUCACCUCCUGGUGUUUUCUGCUGGUGAGGCUGUGCGCGUCAGCUGCGUGUGUGCUAACAAGUGGAGAUAACGACACUCAAGGGCACUAUCGUAAACAACAACCGCUGACUUGCUUUGAUUUAAAAGUAUCCGAGAGUAAUUUGGAAACCUCACUCCACCCUGUCAUGCACCACUGAGAGAUAUUACAGCCAACAGUGAGUGUGUGCAUCCAAAAGUGUUUAUUUGAGUGUGUGCAGCAGAGGGGUGGUGAUUUUCCAGAUAGCUGGAUUGCCUAAUUACCCCUUUGGGGUUGGGAAUCACGCCUGCAGUCAUUAAGCACAAAGGAAGAGCAGAAAAGGAAGGGGAUGGUUUAGUCUUGAGCUUGUGAUAGUGAGAUAAAUUGCAGGAGAAAGAAUGAAGUUGUGACUGCCCGGGUCACAGUCAUGAUGUGUGACCGUGCAAGCAAAGUGAAGGAAAAGGAUAAACUGUGUCCUGGAACUGAUUUAUUUAAAGUGUGAAAUUUGAAAUAUUUUUGCAUGUAUAGAUCUGGACCCUCUACUUGGAAAUGUUUGGAAUCUCAUGAUUUGGAUUCUCUAUAAUAUCUUUCAAGCAGUCUAAGGAUCUGACCGUACAAUUGAGGAUUAUAUCUGCAGAUUAAAACUUAGUUUCAAAGACAUUCUCGUCCUCCACUCUUGGACUCCUUCCUAUCAAAGUGAAGAUGAGAGGAGACAGGAGGUCUGCGUCCUUUCGAAAGGAGAAACCCGUGGGUCUGUCCCGGGCUCUCAGCUGGCUCAGCGUGUCUACCCUCUCCCGCCAGAGCCGACGCAUCUUCCACAGCCAGAGCGAGCUCCACGCCGUCCACAACAGCCACUCAUACUCGCGCUCACACACUCACCUCCACACUGCAGACGGAAACGAGGGUGAUGAUGAUGAUGAUGACUGGGUGUACCAGCCUCAACAUAAAAUAGCUGUGUCCAACCUUGACGAGGAGAGCAAGUGGACGGUUCACUACACGGCACCAUGGCAUCAGCAGGAGAAUGUCUUUCUGCCAGGCAGCAGGCCGCCCUGCGUAGAAGACCUCCACCGUCAGGCCAAAGUUAACCUCAAGACUGCACUGCGAGAUUGUGACAAGCUGAGGAAAGAUGGUUUCAGGAGCUCACAGUACUACUCUCAGGGUCCUACCUUCUCCGACCCGGACCAGUCCACCAGCAGCCUGCAGGACGAGGAGGAGGAUGAAAAUGACAAGAAGUCCACAGCUUCAUCAGGGGAGGAUGACAAAUCCCAGCUCUCCUUGAGGCUUCAGACUCCACAAGGAGGAAGCGAAGGGUCUGAGGUUGACGGACAGGUGAUAUGGAACAAGGCCCCACCCCUCCCCACCCCGGAGGAGAAGAUGAGGCAGGCGGCUCAGGCUGUGCCCACAGAUAUAGUUGCCAUUAACGUCACAGGGGCAGUAUUUGACCGACAGGCGAGCGUCCGGCGCUCCCUCAUUAACACUGACACCGUGUCCCGCCGGCCCAAGAAGGUCAAACGCAGAAAGACUAUAUCAGGGCUGCCUGACAACUUCAACCUGGAGCUAGCAGCAAAAGGACGUGGUGGAGAGCUCCGACCUCAUUCCAUGUUCAUCCCGGGACAGUACUCCACUUUGGGUCGAGUUGGGAGUGUUAACUCAGCACUCCGGCGAUCAGUGACUAAAGACACAAGCUGCCAGACAGAAGAAAUAAAGAUUGUACCUCCAUCCAUGAGAAGAAUUCGGGCACAGAGAGGACAGGGAAUCGCUGCUCAGAUGGCUGGGAUUUCAACUUCCUCCUCAACAGGAAGUAUAUCCAUCUGCAGCAGUGACAGCUCUGGCAUCUUGAUGCCGCCGCGUCUGUUUAACGGAGACCCUUCCCGUUUCCACAGUCUGCCUCGACAGGGCGCCAGGGUGUCACUCAGUUCCGAUCCCAUCUACAGCAGCACCCCAAUCAAGUCAGAGGAGCAGACAACGCCUCAACGGCAGAUUGGAAAGCUUCAAGUCGAUGACACAGUGGUGCACAUGAGAAACGCUCCAAGGACCGGCACCCUCACUCGGCCAAAGUCUCAGGAAUUGAGGGGAACACAGUCCAGCGAGUGGGGUGGGGGUCCAGCUUGUGUGGUUUCCCCACACGCUGCCUAUUCCACCUCAUACAUCCCCAAUGCCACCUUGUCCAGCUCCACUGAAGUCAUUACCCUCAACACCUCCGGUCAGUCCUCCCACUCCCCAGCCUCAAGUUAUCCCACAGCCCGACCACUAAGUCUGCUUUCCACUUCCAACAAAGACUCUCUGACCUCCAGUCCAUCAGCCUUCAGCCACAGUUCCACUUGUCCAGCUUUGGCCACAUCCACCCCCACUCAAACACCACAGGGGGGCCGUCUAUUCAUCACAGAACCUGCUAGCGAGUCAGGACACUCGGACGGCAGUGUCCACAGCCACAGCACCCUGGCCCCCACACCUCCUUCCUGUCUGCCGGAGGAGCAAUGGAUCUAUGACACACCUGAAAAUGUGGUGGUCCCACAGCGCACUCUGACCUCCAGCUGCUCCACUCCCAUGAACCAGAUGUACAGCAGCCUGGACCUCUCCUCCCGGACCACUACUGACUCCAGCUCUGUCUAUUCCCAGGACAAUGAUGGAUACUUCACCUCCAUGCACCUGGACUCUGGUCUGCGCUCACGCAGCCACAGCAGUGGACACAGGGGCACAGCUGGACGAGCCACCAGACACAGCAUGUACGAGUGCCGUGAGAUGGCAAAUCAAGAUGAUUCUGGAAGUGUGUACAGUGAUCACUCGCUAUCUCGCAGCAUCUCCCUUCGCAAGUCCAAGAAACCUCCACUGCCCCCAGCCCGUACAGACUCUCUUAGACGUAAGCCCGGUGCGAAAAAGCCCCUCGGAGGGGUUAGUGCCGUCAGUGGUGCUAACGAACCAAACAGCGCCAUGCUUAACGAGACAUUAAUUGCCAGUUUGCAGCAGAGUCUACAGAUAGGGCUGAGGGGAGGUAACGGAAAAGGCGCCUCGCCGUCGUCACCCUCUCACAGCCCAAGCAGCGACUACGAUGACCCUUGGAUUCUACGGCCGCGCAGUCAGAGUAGCAUCAGUGCAGGUAGCUCCGCAGCGUCACUGGUAGCUAAUCCGAACUGUGGCAUCGCGUCUAACGUGUACUCACUAUGCCACGUGACACCUGCUCACAGUGACACCAGCAGCCUGCGUUCUGACUAUGCGGAUUCCUGGGGUUAUUACAUGGAAGAUCCUCGUAACCACGGAGACCAAAGAGCGCAGACCCCUCCGGCCACAGACAACAUGGCACCUGGGGCUCACACAGGAGAACUACAGAAUGGAGGUGAGAUUCAUAAUAACAGCCAAGCUUCUCGAGCUUCAGGCCAGGAGACAGUGGUCGCAGUAAAGCCCAAGAUGUCGACCUCUUCUCCAGACAGGGUGCACAGACUGACCUCUCCAUCCAGUGGCUACUCCAGCCAGUCUAACACCCCUACAGCUGGGACCCCAGUGCCCUCCUUUGUCAGGUCCAUGUCUCCCUCCAGCCGACCCAAGCCCAAAGUGCCCGAGAGGAAAUCGUCUCUGCUCUCCUCUGUAUCCAUGUCCUCCUCUUCCACCUCCCUCUCCUCCAACACCUCAGACUCAUUGAAGAGCUACGGUCCUCCUCCACCACCACCUCCUCCCCUUCCCUUCUCCUCCUCGGCUCCCAACACCCCUCUCAGCCCACCCCCACCCUUCCCUCCCCCUCUUCCACCAGGUUUAAGCGUGGGUCCCCCUACUCCUCCACCAGCUCCCCCGUUACCACCCACUCCACAGGGAAUGUCUCAAGGUCCUCUCCCUGUUUGCUCCACCUCCCCGGAAUUCCCCCCUCCUCCAUCUCCUGAAACACUAAUCCACCCCAGUUUGUCCUUCAAUGGGAGCUUCAGUCCUCCUCCACCUCCUCCUCCUCCUAUGCCUUCUUGUGGACCCCCUCCACCUCCUCCAUUGCCCAAUUUUGUUGUACCUUCCUUCUCCCCAUCUCUAAAGAAAGUGAAAGAUGCCCCCAAACCAGCUGUCUCCAUCAGUCCCACAAAGACACCUGCGCCCCUAAUUACCCCCUUUGCACUACAGAGUGUUCAGCUCCGCUCAAUAAAGCGCCCCGAGAAGGAGAUUAAUGGCAAAUCAGAUGACACCACAGCUCGGGAAACAGGAGUAGACCUCCUUCAGUCCCAGACCCAGGAGAAGUCUCACUCCCAGGACCAUCUUUUUGUGUUACCCACGUUAAACAGCUCACCAGAAGAUGACUCAUACAAUCUCCCACCGUCACCUGUGUCACAGCUUUUACAGGAAUUGUCAUUAGAGUGCAGUAUCACGAAUAGGACACAAGAGAGUGCUGUGUUCAAUGGGAAAGAUGAAAAUCUGAGUUUCUUUCUCUCAAAUGGAAAAGAACAAGAUGAAGGGCAACAAUCACUGCCAAGUCCCUCACAGAGCUCACCUGUCAAACAGAAGCCCCCAGCGGUCCUCAAGAAACCUAAAGUCUCUUUCCUCCCACCUCUGAACUCACAACUCAUCAAUGAACAGGUUCCAGCUCAGCAUGAGGAUACAAGCAGCAGCCUGUCCCAAACCCAGGACCAGGUAGAUGUUCUGCAAAGACAAACAAAGGAAGAGGAGGAAGAGAAUGGAAUUGAGCAUCAGGAGGAGAUUUUAGAGUUCUCAGAACUGAUAGCAGAGAGCAGUGAAUCAUUCACGGAGAUCCAAGAAGAGUUUCACAACUGUACUUCCGCUCGCCUGGAGACAACCCGUGAAAAUGGACUGUGUAUGAACGGAGAGACCCACGAAGAGGAGGACGACGAAGAUGGCGCGAGCAGCACGACAGGAUCCAUCAGCUCCAAGGAAGACGAUGCCGGUGAGGUGUUUGAAUCCAGCACGGCUGAAUCAUCUCCGACCCCGUCGACCAACGGGGCUCCUAAGGAGAACAUGGUGACCCCGACUUCCACGCGACCCAGAACCACGGAGGACCUCUUUGCUGUCAUUCACAGGUCAAAGCGGAAGGUCCUGGGUCGCAAGGAGUCAGAGGAGGACAAGUCCCGAGCGGGGAGCCAACAACAGUCUCCGCCUGCCACGCCCACAAACACGUCCCCAGGCCCAGUGUCUCCUCUGUCCAGGCAGGCGGGCUCUAUACAGCGCAACCUUCGCAAGUCCUCCACCAGCAGCGACAACUUCAAGGCCCUGCUCCUCAAGAAGGGCAGCCGCUCGGAGACCAGCUUCAGGAUGUCUGCUGCCGAGAUGCUUCGCUCCACCGACCCUCGCUUCCAGAGAACGCGGUCCGAGUCAGCACUUGACCCCCCCGCUUCUUCGCCCUCCUCUCCGACGGCGCCUCACAGCCCCUGUGCGUCGCCCGGCCGCAGUAAACGAGCAACAGAUGAGUGGAGCCGCUACGAGGUUCUGUCCUCGCCGACGUCACCAUCCUUUUCAAUGAGCGGCUUUAGGUACGGGCGCUCUCGAUUACCGCCCUCUGCUGCGAGCAGCAAGUACAACGCGCGCAGCCGAAUCCUCAGCAGCCCAAUGACUGUCAUCUGUGAGCGUGAGGGGGAGUUGGCCGAGAGCGAGUAUGGAGACACCACAGAGACUCUCCCCGUGUACCGAGGGUCAAAUGGCACUUUAUCAGAAGACAGCAGAAGCUAAAGAGCAAGGGCAGCUCCAUCGGUUUAGGGAGACAAACUCAUUUGUCGUAACCAGGUAGGGGGCAGGAGACAAGCGCUCCAGACUUUCUGAGCCCCCCCCACCUCUACGCUGCCUCUGAAGGAGUGGACAUGUCGGGUCCUGCGGUGAGAUCAGCGGUCGCCCCAUCAUGAACUGGGCUGGACUUGGUCUAAAAUGGAGAACUGGUUGUGCUGCAGCUUUUUCAAUCCUCCCAUGAUUCUCAUUCUGUCCUUCUACUGGUGACUCGCGCUUUGUGUUCAAAGAGUCGUGUUUCUUCUUAGUUUGUUUUCUAUUGGUUCAGCCGUUGUUGUGUUUUACUUUAUCCUGUCCUUAACAUGCAGGAAGUCACAAGUUUUCUUUAAAAAGGACGAGGCUCAGAUGGCAAAACUAAGGUGAAUUGAAGUCACAAGUCAUUUGCGUCACUUUGCUGCUGUGGUGCUACGUAGCGAGGCGGUUGGAAAGAGUGGAAUGUAAAGGAGUGCUGGAGGCUCGCCUCAUAACAUUUCUGCACUUUUUGUUUAUGAAAAGUGUCUGAAAGCAUCACGGCCUGCGAAUGUCGCCAUUAAACAGCCCACGAUAUUGUGGAAAGAACUGGAGGACGUGGUACGACAAGCAGCUCCACGUGUGGCACAACUUCAAUAACAGUGAUCACCAGGUUUUUUUUGCUUUACAUUCUUACUGUUCAAUUCUUUAGUUUGCAGAGCUGGGGUGAAUAGUCAGAGGUCCACAGAAGGUGCUGAGGGCUUAGUGCUGCCACCUAGUGAUGGGCAGAAAGUGGACAGUAGUAUGGGGUAAAACAAAGGCUCAACCAAAACAGCAGAUUUAUUCUAUAUAUAUAUAUAAAAAAGAAAAAGACCCAUAAAACCUCUAUCAAUUAACUUUUAGUAUGUAGAUUUUGCACUGUGCAUAGGUCUUUUCCUUGUGACAUAAAAAGUAUGUUUUAAAGAUUGUUUUAAUAAACAAGUGAUGUCAA